AGACCAUGAAGUGAGCUGCAUUUUUGCAUCUGAAGUGUGUCCCCCUCGGCGCUCCGUAGUCGUGUUUCCUUGGAGAUCGGACGCAAACGAAAGUGCCUGGUCUAGUUGGGAUCUAAUCUGAGACACACGAAGUGAGCAUCUGAGACCCCAGGAUCAGGAUUCCUUUUCUGUUUUCCCCAAUGACGGAGGACUUUCAGCAGAAAUAUGACCACUCUGGGACUCCCUCAGCUCCCAAGUUGCAGUUACUGCAAUGGUCAGAGUAUAACUGGAAGCAAGCUACUCUGCCUCCAUUUCUACCACCCCGGGGCCACAGGAGCAAAAUGAAGACUUCGACUAGACCUGAGCCAGCAGUGGGGUCCCAAUUCUCUGUAGGGAUGACAAACCCGCUGAAGAAUCUUCUAGCACAGCGCAGAAGGGAGCCGGUGCAUCAUGGGAAGGUGCAGGCCAAAGUCCGGUUGAUGAGGUUGAUGCUCUGGAACAAGCGAGCCGCGUUACAGGAGCUCUACAGCCAUGAGGGCUUCCUCAGCAAGCUCAGCCAGGAGCUGAUCGAGGCCAUCCAGGAUGUGGAGGACAGCAUGGCCGUGAACGGGCGCAUGAUGUUGCAGCAGCAGGGCAUCCUCGAG